GAAUUCAUGACUGUUCUUUACAGUGUACUCGUUUUCAGUGAUAGGUGCCAAAAGUGGGACGAGAAACUUCGCCAGAGAGUAUGUGGCGGUUCCACACGCUCUAAAUAUGGGACGAAAAGGCAGGUUUGGCUUAUGGACUUUGGGAAGACCAUAAAGAACACCAGGUAUCAAGUUCUAUCUUUUUUCAAGUUUUACUGGCUUAUCAACGCCAGUAAAGAUGUUCUGGCCACCUUCAAAAGAAAACAUGAAUCAAUCCACGCAAGAAAGCUCGCUCGGCUCGGAAUAGAGAACUCGCUUCAGCCUUGUGAUCCAAACAAGGUUAUCUUCAACUUCUCUUCAAAAUCCAUUCCCUCGCGCAUCAAGACACUGCUGGCGUUUGGGCUGGACUUCAGACUGCCUGUUUGGAGGCUGAGCUUCUACAAAUGUUUUCUACAUUUUGAAACUCUGGCUCAGUCGAUCGCUCACCUCCCGCUCGCCGCAAGAUUCACCUUUCAAGAAGUCAAACAGAGCUUACGAUCAGUAGCCUUUCGAUUUUACAAUGGUUUUAGAACUUCCAAAGUGUUUUCUCCAAUUUUCUCCAAGUCAGAUGUAGUGUUAUUGAAGAAGUUUGCCUCUGACCAAUCAAUUGUUGUAACUCGUCCUGAUAAAGGUAAGGGCGUAGUUAUCGUAGAUCGAGACCAAUAUGUUGAUAAAGUCGAGACAAUUCUGGCAGACCGUUCUAAGUUCUCUAUUGUAACUGAACCUCUUCACAAGCUUUUGCUCAAAGUAGAAGAUAAAGUAAACAGACUGUUAAACAAACUUAAAAAAGAUGCAAUCAUUUCAGAAGAAACGUACAGUAGACUACAUGUAUCUGGAUCAGCGCCUGGUGUUCUUUAUGGUCUUCCCAAAGUCCAUAAGCCAAACCUGCCUUUUCGUCCCAUAUUUAGAGCGUGUGGAACCGCCACAUACUCUCUGGCGAAGUUUCUCGUCCCACUUUUGGCACCUAUCACUGAAAACGAGUACACUGUAAAGAACAGUCAUGAAUUCGCUCGAAACAUAAAUGAUAUGAAGCUGUCCAGUAGCAUGAUCAUGGUAAGUUUUGAUGUUGAAAGUCUAUUUACAAACAUACCCGUCCAGGAGACCAUAGAUAUAGCUGUCAAUUCCUUGAUGAGUGGUUGCGAUAGCAUAGGUGGCAUCCCUAAAAAGCUUUUCCGUGCUAUGCUUGACUUAGCUGUGUCAAACUCUUACUUUCUGUUCAACAGUAAACUGUACAGACAAACUGAUGGUGUGGGUAUGGGUCUACCCUUAGGUCCAACGUUUGCUAACAUCUUCCUGUGUUUCCAUGAGAAAAAAUGGUUAAGUACGUGCCCGUCAGAAUUUCGUCCAUCAUACUACAAGAGGUAUGUGGAUGAUUGCUUUUUGAUUUUCAAUGACAUUUCACAUGUGGAUAAGUUCCUCGAUUUUUUGAAUGGUCAGCAUCCAAAAAUGAAGUUUACCAAGGAGGUCGAAUCAGACGGCUCACUUCCUUUUUUAGAUGUCCGGAUAAGACGAUCUGGAAACUCGCUAGAAACAUCCGUUUAUCGCAAGCCAUCAUACACUGGCCUCGGUCUUAGCUUUUUUAGCUACAUCCCUCUCUCUAUUAAGAAAGCCAUCCUAAACACUGCCAUCUAUCGCGCCUACAACAUUAGCUCGUCUUUCAAACUUUUUGAUAUGGAGAUCAGCUUCCUCCUGUGUGUGUCUGUGUGGUCGCUGGAGGGCGGCAGCGGUGCCGAGGACGGCGCGGCCGACGAGCGCACGACGCCGGCCGACUCGCCGCAGCUCGCCGAGCCGGCCCAGGACGAUUCGCUGCCGGAGCCGCAGGACGUCGACGACGACGAUGAUGUUUUCGCCUGUUCGGACGCCGAGCCGUCGACGCCCGUGGAGAAAACGCCGGGGCGGCCGGCGCUCGGCUCCGCCGGGAAUGAGGACGCUGUCAAGACCAAAUCGGGCAAGGCGGCCAUCCGCAGGCCGAUGAACGCCUUCAUGAUCUUCUCGAAGCGGCAUCGGGCGCUGGUGCACCAGUCGCACCCGAAUCAGGAUAAUCGCACCGUCAGCAAGAUUCUCGGCGAGUGGUGGUACGCCCUCCGCCCGGACGAGAAACAAAAGUACCAGGAUCUCGCGCACCAGGUAAAGGAGGCACACUUCAAGGCCCACCCAGAGUGGAAAUGGUGCAGCAAGGACCGGCGCAAGUCGUCGAGUAGCUCUUUGAAGACGGAGCCGGGCACGUCGGCCGCCGCCGGCGCGGCGACCGAGCGGCGCCGGCGGCGCGACUCGCCGCAGCCCGAGUCGGAUGACGAGCGCAUGGUCAUAUGUGAAGAGUCCACCGACCUGGAUCUGCUCUGCAAGGAGAACGUGGCCGACUCGGACGAGAGCGACUGGGAGCGGCGCGCCGGCCCGGCGGCGCCGGCCGCCGUCCGUCCGCGGCCCAUCAAGGCGCGCCCGGCGCCCGGCGGCGGCGAGCGGCACCCGUACAGCCCCGGACCGGUGGGCCGCUUCCAGCCGACCGGCGGCGCGUUCAAGUCCAUGUCGCCCGGACCGCGGCCCAGCAGUCCUGCAGCCCAGGAGGCCAAGCCGCCGGCCACGUUUGCUAUUCUGAACACGGUGCCCCGUCUAGGCGGCGCGGCGCCCGCCAGCGGCCCGCCGAGCGGCCUGCUCACCAGCCUGGUGCUGAAGACGACUGCUGGGCAGAGCGGUGCCGCUGCUGGCCAGGUAAUCCUGUCGCCUCAGCAGGGUUCCCAGGCGGCCGGGAGCUCGUCCGUUCAGUACCUGGUCUCGUCGCUGGCCGUUCAGACCGCCGACGGCAAGCUGCACCCGCUGAGUCUGGCAGCGUCGGCUCCGGCGCCGGCGUCAGCGGCGGCGGCCGUCACCACACCGGCCACCAUUCUGGUGACGUCAUCGUCGGCCAGCGCCGGCCCGCGGCCGGCGCGGUAAGCAGCACGACCACUACCGAUAUCCAGCUCCCAGAGUCAGGGGCGGAUCCAGGAGUUUUUGCAAAAAAAAAA